AUGGGCUGGGAGUUCAGGCCUACUUUUUUGUUCCCGGGAAAGAUUCUGGACGAAGCCGAGAACUCUCCACAUGUCACCUUCCAGGGCGCAACAGCUUUCAUGCUAGACUUGUUUGCAACCUUGGCAGGGCUCAUGGGACACACCAUGGGUUCCAGAGCUUUCCACACAUGCCCUCUAGAACUCACCAGUGAAGCUGCUAUCCUGUGGAAGACUUUCCACCGAGUUGCUGAACAAGCAAAAGACAACGUGCCAGACUUUGCAGCUGGUGUGGUUGGCAAGCACUGCUUCACAACCACCUCCCACAUCACUACAUCGCACCUGCUUCACAAAGCCUUUGAACAUUGCACAGCCAACCGAGCGCACCUCCCAUUACUUCGUGCUGGCGACCCAGACUACCUUGCAGCCUUGGCGCAGCAACCUUUGGACUUUCUUCGCCAAAUUGCACCCCAGCACAUUCUAGCCGGCCCAGAGCACAUUCAUUUCACGCUCCGAAACAUGGUCACUCUUCACAAUGAAAUGCGGCUUCCUCUCCACGAGCGAGCUGGCCCACAGACUUUGGAUGACCGAGGAUCCCGGCCAGCCAGACAACCACGCGCAUGCGCGCGAUCACAGGCAGGGCAGCUCAACCCUAUGUCCGAUGACGACAAAGCUUUGGCCAUCCUGCUGCAAAAGUGUCAGCACCAGCAGUACAUAACCGUGACCCAGGCCAACACAGCCAUCCCUGCCAGGUUCGGAUUUCGUUCAAACCGCGAUGGCUUGGAGCGCCUCUUUGAUUUGGCGGCGCGCUACGGCGCCGGCCAGCGCGAAGGCAGUGCGCAGCAGUCUUUGAGGCUGCGCCUCCACUUAAGCUCCAUGCCAGAAAGCAACAGGAGACAUCUGAACUUACCACUUCUCACCGUACCUCCAGCCAUGACCGGGAGCGGCAAAACUUUCAAGAGGCCAGCAGCUCACAUCCCGCCAGAGCAGCCAAAGCCUAAAAGCCACAAAGCGCAGCCACCGCAAGAGCAGCAGGCAGCGCCAGAACAAGCCCACGCUGCGCCAGCCAGAGCAGAGGAGGCAAAAGCAGACAAGAGGGAAGAGCUGGGUCCACCGCUCAUUCUGGACGGUCUCCCACUCAGUGCCUUUGAUGUGGCUAGCCGCAUCAACGCCAGCUUGGAGCAGAGGAAUGACACUCUACGGGUCAAGGCCACCGCCCUGAAGCGCAAAAAGCUCAAGCAGCUCCUGCCCUUUAGCCUCCGAUGUGCAACCUGCAAGCGCAACACUUGCACAUGGUCCGGCAUCGCAGAAAUGGAUGCCACGUGUAGAUCCCUAUCUUACUUUGCAUACACAGGCAAACAACAUGGCCAGCCCAAGCCACCCGUGAAGGCAGGCAGAAAGUCUUCAGGAAGCCGCCCUGCCCUUUCAGAAACCCAGGUCGUUACUCAUAGCGGGCCCUCGGACCAAGCCUCGUUCAUGGCAGCUGUGUCCAAACAUUUUCAAGCACAACCGUUGAACCAGAGCUUGACCAUCCAGUGCCACAAGCGCAAGCCGACCAAGAAGGGCUUGACUUGUUGUUUUACUUGCAAAACACAUUGCGAUGAGAAAAAAGGCCGCAAGGACUGUCCAUGGUCGGGCAUGGCCACCCUCAACACACAGGCAGAUCCUCCGCAAAUUCUCAUCCGCACUUCGCCCUCAUCAGCGCAUGCGCCCGAUGAGAAGCGGUUGUGGGGCACACUCACCCACAGGCAACGCACUUUGGUCUCAAGCACAAGCCACCAGGCGCGAUUGCGCACGAUUGACGGCCUUUUAGCGAACAUGCGGCCGCGGAAGGCAGGUGACACCAAGCCUAAAAAACCAAACUUGCGCCAACUUCAAGGCUUUCUUCAGCGCUUUAGACAGAAGACAAAGGCACAGAGCAAAGAGAUUCCCCAUAGCAACAAGCAAACCUACUCUGCAGCAGACUUUGAAUAUCUGCGUGACCGCCUCAACGCAGACAUGGGUCGAGCCACUGCCAUCUCACCAACGGACUCUCGCCUUCGCCCCUCGGACCGGCAGCUCCGCUGCAUCGAUUUGCAUUUGUCCGAAGACAUGGUCUGCGCUCCCUUGAUAUGCCCACAGCUUCUCCACUUGACUUUGGACCUCCUCCCAAAACCUUGGAAUUUGAAGUUCUCAGCUGAUGGUACAUAUCGCUUGUUGUUCGGCCAGUACACCCUCCUCACACUGGGGGGUGAAUGUGAAGAACUGGAUGGUGAUGCCUACAAGCAUCUUCUAGCCACCCUCCUGCGGACAGCAAACACUUUGGGGCAUGACUUGCAGCCGCAGCACAUUACGCAGUUUCAUGGGGAUAUGCACAAGGGCCUUGAAAAAGCACGACAGGACAUCCUCCCCAACAGCCAACGUCUGGCCGACUGGGCCCACGUUACAGGAGCCACAAGCCAGGGCCCUAGCGGGUUGCAUGGCCUGCUCUCCAAAAGCCUCGGCGAUGACAAGCACAUCACCAGCAUGAUUCUGCAAUGGUGCCGCCUUUCCAAAAGAAUGACUGCCAUGCUCUUCCACGUGGUGUGGUCAGCUCUGUUCGAUUACUUGGGUCACCUGGGGCAUGCACGCUUGGUUGUCUCACUUCAACACCAGUACUUCCACCAAACAGCCUGUCCACAGCGUCUCUGGUCAGCCCCAUGGCGGUCAGGCCCUGACCGCAUCAUGCCAGGCGCAGAUGUCGGGUCAGCCCCACAAGAAAGCUGGCGUGGGAACGUGCUCAAACCGUCGUUUCCCACCACCAAGUACGAGCCCAUUGAAAUUGCAAACAAAUUGCAAGCUUUCAUCGUUGAGCCUGCCCUCCUGGACUUGGAGGAAAUGGCACAAGAAGGCAAAGCGUUGCAAGAUUGGCCAUCCAUCGGCCAGUUCAUCGACCAGCACACGCUGCGCAACGCAUCGAGUUUGGCAGCAGAAGGCCGUUCCACACCUCACUCAUUGCUCGAGCUGGGCUUCCAUCAAACAUUUGUGGACGCUGACAACAACUGCUGGAUGCUGGUUCCUGCCUCACGCUGGAAGGUGGAUUGGACAGGAGCACGCCCAAACCAGAAAAAGAAGCAAUACAAGGAACGGUCUUUCUCCCCACUCGCGCCCUCCACAGUCAAUGCCUGUGUCAAGCUGGUGCAGGCCACAAGCCCCGACCAAGUUCGAAGCAUCCUUGACAGCUUGGGUUUGUAUGAGUCCACCACCGGACACUUUCAGUGGCAAAAGGCUGCCAAGCUCUUUGAUGAUUGGAACUUGGUGGUGCAAGGCCCAAUUUGCGAGCAGUACUGGCAACUGCAUGGCGCGCCACUUUGCCCGGAGGCGGAUCGCAAUCCACAUGCUUUUUGCCUGUGCUUCAAUUGCGGUGUGGCCGCACGCUGGGGGGCCAUGCGAGCACGCGUACUCCCUCAUGCUCCACCAAAACACCAUCGAUGUGGUCCAGCUGCCGCGUCCACGGCCCAAGGGCCGGCCAAAGACACGCUCACAGCAUUGUCCGCCUUGUCUGCUUCGGAGUCCGUCCUGCGAGAAUUGCUCCGUCGCGCCGGCUGCGGCCACUACUUCCCGGCCAUGAAGCGGCACGGCGCGACGGUCCAAGCUCUUUCAUCCUUUGGCUUUGCUGAUUUCGUCACGAUCUUCGGCAUGAAGGUUUCCGAAGCUCACAUUUUGAUGUCAACCUUGAAAGACGAG